CUUAUCAUGUCAUUUUGAUUCAGCAAAACUGUUUUAAGUGAUUCUCAAUAACUUUUUCAGUUCUGGAGAUAAUUCCGAUUGCCACUUGUAAAAUUGAAACCCUGUAUAUUAUGUAUGUAUGUAAUGAUUGCAAUAAAACGAGGUUGCAUAAAAUAUGCAGUAAUAAAGCAAAUAGCUAAAUUACAAUUUACAAAACAUAGAAAACUAAUAAUUUUUUAUGUGAAAGUAAUUAAUUCUUCCUAAUGGAGGAUAAGCAAAGGACUAAAACCUUGCCAAAGCAUCCCGAAGAUACCUCAAAUUUUCUAUCAAAUUGGCUCUUUUGUUGGGUGUAUCCUGUGAUUAUCAAAGGAAGCAAAAUCGAAAUCACUGAAGACUUCCUUUAUGAAACACCGGAAAACUGUGAAGCCUCAAAACUUGGUAAUGAGCUUCAAAAAUUUUGGCUUGAAGAACUGAAACUAAAAAAGCCUUCCCUUGCACGUGCCCUUAUAAAACAGUUCGGACUUGAAUUUGCCAUUUACGGGGGUUUCUUCUUUCCAGCCGAUUUCAUUGGAGUGUUGUUUCAACCGUAUUUCUUGCAAAACUUGCUCAAUUAUUACACCCCGAACCAAACAACAGUUUCACAAAAUAACGCCAUUUUCUUCGCUUUGAUGAUCACCUUAUUUUCAUUUAUACGCUUGUUGGCCUUUCACCGAUUUUUUUAUUGUGUCAAAGCAUUGGCAAUAAAAAUGAAAGUUGCUUGUUGUUCACUAAUUUAUAAAAAGUGUUUUCAGUUGAAGAAAACUAGCUUGCAGAAAGUCACCACAGGACAGUUGAUUAAUCUUAUGAGCAACGAUGUGAGCACAUUUGACAAUGCAAUCAUUUUUUUACAUUUUGUUUGGUUUGGACUUGUGGAAUUGAUAAUUGGAACCUAUUUCAUAAACGUGACUAUUGGUCCAGGGGCCACAAGUGGCAUUCUUGUUAUGUUGAUUUGUUUUUUGUUCCAAACAUAUAUCGCUAAAUAUACUGCUUCCAACAGAAAACGUGUAGCUUCGAGUACUGAUUAUAGAAUUCAGUUAUUAAACGACCUUAUCUGUGGUAUACAAAUAAUCAAAAUGUAUGCUUGGGAGAAGCCAUUUAAAAAAUUAGUCGAAAUUGCUAGAAACUUAGAACUAACAGAAAUAAGUAAAACCAAUCGUCUCUUCGUUUUGAACGAUUCAUUCAACUAUGUUCUGAUACAAAUUAUUAUUUUCGUUGGAAUUUUGGGAGCUAUUUUGUUACAUACACCUAUAACAUCUCAAUACGUUUUUGCAAUGGCAAAUAUUUAUGGCCACCUUAGAAUUACUUUAACAAUUUUCGCUCCUCUUGGAAUUCUGCAUUUUGGUGAAUUACGAACGUCGAUUUUACGUAUUCAAGAAUUUCUAUUAACUGAUAAUGAGAAUUCAAAAAAAAAUGCUUUAGUACAUAAAACCGAAAAAACUAUUUCUGGAAUAAGCGUCACAGACCUAUGUGUUAAAUGGGACAAUUCUCAAAAUGAUUUCGUGUUAAAAAAUAUAACUUUGAGUGCGACUUGUGGACAACUUAUCGGUAUAGUGGGUCCUGCAGGUAGUGGUAAAUCGGCUUUAUUGCAAACAAUAAUUGACGAGACUGAGGUAAUCAGUGGGAAAUUUUCGGUUAAUGGACGAAUUGCUUAUGCUUCACAAGAAGCUUGGAUUUUCUCAGCGAGUGUUAAACAAAACAUUCUUUUCGGUGAAGAAAUGGACGAAGAAAAGUAUCAAAAAGUGGUCAAAGUGUGUGCUUUAGAACAUGAUUUGGCUUUGUUGCCUUACGGUGAUAAUACUCUAGUCGGAGAAAGAGGAGUCAUGUUGAGUGGAGGACAAAAAGCUCGUAUUAAUUUGGCUAGAAGUGUCUACAGAGAUGCUGAUAUUUAUCUCCUGGAUGAUCCAUUAUCAGCUGUGGAUGCUCAUGUGGGUCAGAUUAUUUUUAAAAAUUGCAUCCGGGGUUAUUUGAAAAACAAAUGUGUUAUCUUGGUGACUCAUCAGUUGACAUACCUUCAAGAAGCCACAAAUAUAUAUUCAUUGAAAAACGGUCGACUGUACUGUAACGAACACUUUGAUAAAAUUUUUGAAUACAAUAGUGACAAUGCUCCCAAUGAUAAAGAUCUUGUAAUUAAAUCAAAUAACGAGUAUUCAGUCCUCCCAAGUAAAACUAAAGAAGUAAGAGGUAAUCUCAAAAUGAUUAAAAUCUACAAAUCAUAUUUCACGGUUGGGGGAAAAUCGUUAUUUUUUUUUGUAAUAUUUAUAUUCUUCCUACUUCAAUACACGACCAACGGUCUAGAUUAUUUCACUAGUUUUUGGCUUAAUGUAGAACAGGGAUCAAUGAAACUUGAAUCGCAAGUUAGAGAUUUUUUUUCAUAUGAGAACUUCUUGAUUGUUUACAGCUGCAUUUUGUUGAUAUUGUUACUAUUAAUAUUUAUAUACAGCUGGGCGUUUGUAAAAUACAUUAAAAAUGCUUCAACCUAUUUACACAACGAAAUGUUGGCUAAAGUCUUGAAUGCAGAUUUGUCAUUUUUCCAUAACAAUUCAGAUGGUAGAAUUCUUAAUAGGUUUUCUAUGGAUAUGGGAAGUGUUGAUCAAAAAGUACCUUUGCAAUUGAUAUGGAUUUUACCAACACUUAUGUCUUGUCUUGGAACAUGUGUCCUAAUUUCAAUUUUGAAUUUCUGGAUGAUAUUUCCAACCAUCGCGUUAUUUCCUAUUUAUUAUUGUCUGGGUGUUGUAUUUCAACCAACUGUGAAGGGUAUUAAGAGAACAGAAGGCAUCACUCGUAGCCCUGUUUAUAGUCACUUAACAGCCACUCUCCAGGGCUUAACAACAAUUAAAGCAUUUGGAGCACAAAAUAUACUUCAGGAAGAAUUUGAAAAGCACCAAAAUAUUCACAGUUCUGCCCUCCAUACUGUCAUUGGUAUUUACGCCUUGAUUGGUUUUAUCGCAGAAUUUAUCAGUGUUUUAUACACCACGGUGGUUUCUUUCGCCUUUUUCUUAUUUGGAAAAGGAGCUUAUAUCGGCAAUGUGGGUUUAGCAAUUCACUUAGCUAUCCAGUUAACAGGUUUGGUGGGAUUUUUAAUGAGAAUUUGGAGUAGUUUAGAUUCCGAAAUAACUUCGGUAGAACGAAUUUUAGAUUACACAAAAUUAUCGCAAGAAACAGGGGGAAAACAAUCUCCUCCAAAGACAUGGCCCAGUGAGGGUCGAAUAUCAUUUCAAUCAGUAUCUCUUAGAUAUUCUUCUACUGAACCUCCUGUCCUGAAAAAUGUUAAUUUUACCAUUGAACCAGGUGAAAAAAUUGGAAUAAUUGGCAGAACUGGUGCCGGAAAGUCUUCUCUGGUCUCCACACUUUUUCAUCUUUUCCAUUUUGAGGGAACAAUAUUUAUUGACAACGUCGAUACAAAGUCGAUUACUCUCCAAGAUCUUCGAUCAAAAAUUUCUGUCAUUCCCCAAGACCCUGUACUAUUUUUGGGAACUCUGCGAAAAAAUUUGGAUCCGUUUGAUGAAUUUUCUGACGCUCAAUUGUGGUCAGCUCUUGAAGAUGUUGAAAUGAAAAGUGUGAUUCCUAAGUUGGAAAGUGAGGUUUCAGAAAGAGGUUCGAACUUCAGUGUUGGACAGAAACAACUGCUUUGCUUGGUUAGAGCUAUGUUAAGAAACAACAAGAUUGUGGUUCUCGAUGAAGCUACAGCUAAUAUUGACUUCGAAACAGAUGAAUUGAUUCAAUCAGCUAUUCGAAGAAAGUUUCAGAAUUCGACAGUUUUGACAAUUGCACAUCGAUUAAAUACUGUUCUGGAUUCUGAUAAGAUUUUAGUGAUGAAUGAUGGAGUUGCAGUGGAAUUUGGAAGCCCAAUGCAGCUACUGGAAGAUAUUAACAGUUAUUUUUAUCAAAAUUACAUGCAGGAUAACAGAAAUCAUGAUCUGGAAAAGAAAUAAAUGUUGAUUGUUUUUUUACGGCAUUUAAUUACUAUAGAGACCUAUUCUAAGUAAUAUGAAACGACAGUUUUGUGAAAAAAUCGUCUAUCCAUAUAAUUAUUAUAUUUCAUACCUACUUUGAUUUUUUUCAAGUAAAAUUAAUUGUAAUUA